AUGUCUCUCCGCAUAGCACCCCCCGCAAACUACGCUACCCAAGCUUCCAACACAACCACCAGAAACCCCACCGCUCGCCCAUCAAAAGGCGCCCCAUCCGCCCCCGGUCUCCCCGACACCCUCCGCAACAAGAUCACCCUCCCAGCACCUGUGGGUCCCCCGUCUAGCAACCAAACUGCUGUUCCCUCAUCGACACAUCCCCUCGAAGCCCGCCUGCUCGCCUGGCGCCAGACCCAGGACGCCUUGAAGAUGGAGACGCUCCGCCGGGCAUACGGGAUCGCGGAGCCUGUGCGGCGCGGCAUGGAGCUCAAGAUUGUGCGGGACGGUACUUUUCGGCCUGCUGUGCUGGGAGGAAACAAAGGUGGUAAUGUACACGAGGACAUUCUGGUCCUUGGGGACGGGAUACGGAGAUUGGCUGGGAGGAUAUCUUCCAAGGUUGGUUGA